ACAACGAUAAACAGCUGCCUCUGAUUGGGAAUCAAUUCAGGCCACCAAAGACAUACAUAAACCUUACAAAAAACCUCUAGACAUACAAAAUCCCCUAGACAAUACAAAAACUAACAAACCACCCUUGUCACACCCUGACCUAACCAAAAUAAUAAAGAAAACAGAGAUAACUAAGGUCAGGGCAUGACACUAGUCUGACUCUGAGCUGAUGAACAACUCUGUUGCUCUAUCACUGAUGUGCCAGAGAAGCGGUUGGUGAGCUGAAUUAGUUGAAUGAGUCCUACCUUGCUCCUACUGACCUGUGAGCCAUACAUUGUUAAUGAGCAGUAGGGCUACAUCUCAGUGUCAUUAAGUGUUUGACUUGGACUGAAAUAGGUGCCAGUACUGGUGUUACUGACCUGUGAGCCAUGCAUUGUUAAUGAGCAGUAGGGCUACAUCUCAGUGUCAUUAAGUGUUUGACUUGGACUGAAAUAGGUGCCAGUACUGGUGUUGGGUGAAGGUACUGUUUAUAUUUAGGUGCAGGAGCUCCACAAUACUUUUGAGCUAAUAUUCUAUGAAGAACAGGAGCUCAAGCAUUAGAAAAUUUGUGGUGCCGGAGUACUGGUGAGCUCCUGUCUAAAUCAGGCACUGAGCGUCAAUAUUGUUUCACCUUUAUGUAAACUCAUAGGCUAUUUCCUAACGAAUAAUAGGUCAAUGUUACUGUUUGUGUUUGGGCCUAGGCCUAUAUCUAUUCACUAUUCUUUGAAACCAUACAUUUAUUCAAGUUAAAUAGCUUCUCACAAGUGGGCAAGGCAUGAAAUAGAUAGCCUAGGGCUCGGCUAUAGGCUAAAAUACCAUGCACAGCAGGUGGAUUACCUCAUUGCCGCGGGGGGUGAUGGUAAACGACAAUUCAGCUCACUCAUAUCGCCAUCAACACUCAGAGAGAAUGCUGCGUUGGAUGGCGGACAAAUUCAACCAUGGUUAGAUGGUUUGCGACCAUCAGAUCUGCAAUUUGUGCAUUCCGGUCAAUGAGUGCAGCCUACGAACGUUUAGGGAUGGCCACAACAUGGCAGAAAAUCCUACUGUUCUACCAAGGGGUGCUAGAUAAUGGAGACAAAAGAACUGACAGCUGGUUGCUGGUGUACUCACCUGUGCCAAUCACUUGCAUCUUCCUGUGCUACCUGCUCCUCAUAUGGGUGGGCCCCAAGCUGAUGGCUCAGAGACAGCCAGUCAACCUCAAGCCUGUGCUCAUCAUGUACAACUUUGCUAUGGUCUGCCUGUCUGCCUAUAUGUUCUAUGAGUUCACAGCGUCAUCCUGGUUGGCAAACUAUAGUAUAUUAUGUCAGCCUGUGGAUUACAACACCAGCCCACUGGCAAUGCGGAUGGCCAAGGUCUGCUGGUGGUUCUACUUCUCCAAAGUCAUCGAGCUCAGUGACACUCUUUUCUUCAUCCUGAGGAAGAAGAACAGUCAGCUGACGUUCCUGCAUGUCUACCACCACGGCACCAUGAUCUUCAACUGGUGGGCUGGGGUCAAAUACGUGGCAGGAGGCCAGUCCUUCCUUAUAGGCCUUAUCAACUCAUUGGUGCACGUGGUGAUGUAUCUAUACUAUGGGCUGGCAGCGCUGGGGCCUCACAUGCAGCAGUAUCUGUGGUGGAAGCGCUACCUCACUUCCCUGCAGCUGCUCCAGUUCUUCAUAGUGACCAUCCACACCAGCUACAACCUGUUCACUGACUGCGACUUCCCAGACUCCAUGAAUGCUGUGGUGUUUGCCUACUCCCUCAGCCUCAUCGUACUCUUCAGAAACUUCUACUAUCAGAGCUACCUCACCAAGAAGAGCAAACAGACAUGAGACACGGAUGUAGAGGCAAUUAUUACUUUUAUUAAAUUGAUCAUGUAUGUUUUUUAAAUAUUUAUUGACCCUUCACGUUUAAGUAAAGCAGGUCUCUAUCCGCUGGA